AUGAUUUUGCCGUGGUUGACCAGCUUGGUUUUGGAUUUGAGGAACGCUGUGAUGUUUUGUUGUGGACGAGAGAAGGAAGACGAGGAUCCAAUGGCACAAGGGACUGGCAGACUAAAACAGACGAAACGCUCCACAGAAGAGAAAUUAUAUCAAACGAAAGCGCGAACUGUCAGCCUAACAGGUGGCGCUGUAAGCAGAGGCAGCAGACGACACCGACAGCGGCCUCAGAGUCCACAGACUGCCGGCGCGUACGGAGGUGAUGGCGAAGGGAGCAUAGACAGGGACUCACCAAGUAAUGGAUCGAGAUCUCGUAACUCUACCUCCAAUGGAUGUGUCCCCGAUAUGGGAAUAAAAAGCAUAGCUAUGGAUAACUCGUACCUUGUCCAAACUGUGGAGAUAAAGAAACGGCCAGGCCAGACCUUGGGAUUUUAUAUUCGUGAGGGGGACGGUAUCGAUAGACAGGAUGGUGUGUUUAUAUCUCGAAUACAAAUGGGUACUGUUGCCGAAAGCAAUGGCCUGCUUCAUAUAGGGGAUGAGAUUCUUACCGUGAACAAGGUUGAGGUAGGUCAUAUGUCCCUUGAUGACGUAGUAAUACUUAUGUCCAUACCAAAGAAAUUAAUACUCAAAAUAAGGACCAAGAAAACUUGCAAUAAGAAAAAUGCUUCAUGUCCAUCUUUAGCUAUAACUGAACAGGAGGAGCAUCCACCUGUGGUAGUGCUUAAGAAAGGCCGGUCAUCUUCCGCCACUGCUUUGGAAGAGACAGAAAAAUGUCCGGAUAUAUUUGAGCCAUACUCUUCAGGUGCUUACACUACCGAUUACUUAGGACAGAAGCGUACGUCAAGAUUUGAUAGGUCAGCUUCACAAUAUGCAAGUAUAUUUAUCAGUCCGCAUAGGGCGGAGGCCAAACUUCUAAAUGAGGAUGGAGACAGUGAGCAUUCGAGUGAGGGGUCAUUACCAAGGAGUGUUGACUCGGGGGGCAAGAGCCACUACGUUGGACACCGGGGGUAUAUGUCAGAUGGAGCCUACGAAGCCGCUGGGAGUUACUUCAGCCCUGCGCUGUCCCCUAGUCAAUACGGCAGUGCAAAUGACAGGGAUUACAUUAAGUAUAUGUAUUCUGAUGGUGGGGGAAUGCCAAGAAAAUUAAACCCCAAAUCGCCAUCAAAAACAAUUCCCAUUGGUUCACCACAGCCAAAUCUGCCUGUGAGAAGUAACAUGACGUACGAGGCUGUAGAGAGGGUAGCCCAAUCAGAGAGUUACUCUGGUGGUCAACCUCUUCAGGAUUACAUAUCACACCGAGGUUACGAUCAGACCAAGAAAUUCCAAGGAGGAUUCAGGGAAAUGUUACACUCUAAAGCCAAAUAUGGCCGUUUACCUCGGAGUCGUUCUCCAGAGUGUUACAAUUCUGAUUCGGAAGUUAUAUAUGCACCCCCUUCUACUCGAAGUCAGGUAGAUUCUCGGGGGUUCUCGUCUGAUUACGAGACUUACGCGGGUGGUAUGAGUGAUGAUGACCCUAUUUAUUCUAUACCUCAGCUGCCGUCUAGUAGUAGCACGGAGUUAGAGGAACUCUUACGGAAGUUUAAUACACUGUCACACGAGUUACAACAGGAGCAGUGUAAACUCCAGCGCCAACUCUCUACACGGGAACGAACAGGUGUACAAACUCCCAAGAUGCCAGUACCAAAAGUACCAACGAGUGAUUCCGAUGAAUACAGUUACAUAUGUACUCCUCGUCAACCGCCAGUACCCCCGGGACCCAAAACUAUAUCUCCCACCCUUGCUCGUAAGGCAGCAUCUACACAGACUCCUGCUCAUACAAAGCUUGUGCGCAAACAUAGCGCAGACGCAUUGCAUCAGUAUAGGACAUAUCAAGGCGAGGCUGAGACAACAGAGACCUCCCAUACGCAUGACCAAAGACUUAUGCCCGGUUACCAUCCGGUUUCUCGGGGUGGACUACCUGCUUCAUUAUCUACCUCAAGUGCGGUUGAAAGUAGGGCAAAAACAAUAGACAGGGAUGGCAAGACUAUAUCUCGGCCUUCCUCUAGGUUUAAAGAUUUACAAUUGGUUAAAAAACCUCUUCAAAUAGCAUAUAGUGAAUUCGAAUUCUACAGGGCAGAUAUGCGAAGACGGAUAGAAUUAUCUAGAACUUCCGGUCUAAAUGGAAUUCUGGGAAUUCACGUUUUAUCGGGACAAGGUCUAAAAUCUUCUAAGAUGUCCCUUAGGGAUCUCUACUGUGUUGUUUCUGUUGAUUCCGUGAACAAGGCCAGAACCAUGAUACGUACCGGUGCUGUUAAUUUUGAUUGGGAUGAAGCAUUUGAUAUUGAACUCGAGGACGCUAAAGAUGUGUCAUUUCUUAUUUACAAUUGGGAUCCAAAUUUCAAACAUCGUCUUUGCUUCCAUGGAACCGUGAUGCUGCCUAGCUACAUCACCGGAAGUGGUAAAAAGAGUGUCGCAUUGAAAAUGGAACCUAAAGGUCUAUUAUAUGUAACUUUUCUAUACCGUGAUCCAGCUGUGUGCUUUCAAAGAAUUUCUUCUGCUCGGAAAAACGGUGUGUUCGGUAUCGACUUGGAAACAGUCAUUAAACGAGAGACGGCGUUACGGAAUGUUCCGAUUCUGAUCCAGAAAUGUGUGGACGAGAUAGAACGCCGUGGUCUGGAGGUGGUAGGGAUACAUCGACUGUGUGGAUCAGCCCGACGGAAGGCUCAGCUGAGGGAAGCCUUCGAAAUGAAUGUGAUGGCGGUCAGUCUCUCUCCUGAAAACGUAUCAGAUGUUCAUGUGAUUACAGGUGUCAUGAAGGACUACUUACGAGAACUUCCAGAACCUCUUUUCACCAACGCGCUGUACCAAAUGUUGCUCGACGCCCUUAGUGUACGGUUGCCUAGCGACCCGGAUGGAAGCGCCAAACUCAUGCUUAGUAUACUGGAGUGCCUUCCAAAAGCCAAUCAGGAAACCAUGGCUGCGGUGCUAAAUCAUCUAAAGAAGAUUGCAUCCAAGGCUGAUAAGAACAAGAUGACGGUAGACAGCCUGGCGGGCUGUUUUGGUCCCGUCCUUCUCUGUCCAUCCCCAGCCUCCUCCUCUGAAACUCUCGACUUUAAAAAGCACAUCGAGGUUCUAAAAUACCUUCUCGAUAUAUGGCCCGAAAACUACGAGAUGGUCAAGCUUGAAAACGGUGCUGACAACCAAACGCCUACACCUGAAGAACCGAGAACAGAAUCAAAAUCCCAGACAGAACCAUCUGGUCAAGCUUAG